CGAAGCCACACUUUUGCUGUUGUAGUCUGAUUUUACCACUGCCAUGCAUCUAAAAGAAAACGAUAUGAUAUCCGGUCAACAAACACUAUGAAGUUUAAUCCAGUGUGUCAGUCGCCUUGAUGUCGUCACGAUGAACAACUACGAGCUGGUGCGGCCGAUCGGCCAGGGCGCGUUCGGGAAGGCUUUUCUAGCGAAGGCGCGAGACGGGGGCGCGCGUCAGUGCGUGGUGAAGGAGAUUAACCUGCGGAAGAUGUCUGCCCGGGAGAGAGAAGCUUCUCAGAAGGAAGUUGUGCUGCUCUCUCAAAUGAAACAUCCCAACAUCGUCAGCUUCAUUGCCUCUUACCAGGAGAGAGGAUGCCUCUAUAUAGUCAUGGAGUAUUGUGAUGGGGGCGAUCUAAUGAAGAGGAUUCAUAUGCAGAAAGGACAACUGUUUUCUGAGGAACAGAUUAUGCACUGGUUUGUGCAGAUCUGUUUGGGACUGAAGCACAUUCACGACAGGAAGGUCCUGCACAGGGACAUUAAAGCACAGAACAUUUUUCUGGCACAGGGAGGCCUGAAGGUGAAGUUAGGGGACUUUGGGAUCGCCAGAAGACUGAGCAAUACCCUGGAGUUGGCCCGUACGUGUGUAGGAACCCCUUAUUACCUCUCCCCAGAGAUCUGUAACAACAAACCAUACAACAACAAAACGGAUAUCUGGUCUCUAGGCUGCGUCCUAUAUGAACUCUGCACUUUAAAACAUCCGUUUGAGGCUUGCAGUCUCAGGCAGUUAGUAGUUUGUAUCUGUAGGGGGCGCUAUGUCCCUGUGCCCGCCCACUACUCCCCCGGCCUGAGACAGCUGAUUGGUCAGCUCUUCAAGGUCCCGCCCAGAGAGCGCCCGUCAAUCAACUCACUACUCAAACUACCAGUGCUGCAGUCUCGCAUCAAACUACACUUAUCUACAGAGGUACUUCAUGAGGAGUUCAGUCACACAGUUCUGCACAAUCAGAAACAAACUGGGCCCAGACAUCCUCAGCAACCCGAGCCCCAGCCCAGAGCUCCAGAGAGGCCUAGGCCUCAAGCGCAGCCUGGACCCCCAGUGAGGAGCCCCAGAGCUGAGAGCCGUGGUGCCCAUAGGAUGGUGAGAGCAGGUGAUUACUACGGUCAGUAUCAUGCCCAACUGGAUGCCCUUCUGCAAGCCCCACCCCCUUCCCAUCAUGCCCUGCUGCAAGCCCCACCCCCAUCCCAUCAUCCUCUCCGCCAGGAUCACCAUGGAAACGGGCCCAACAUUCCAGAGCCUUAUCACAUGGUUGCUGCAGCGAGGGAAGAGUAUCUGAAGAGGAGAGAAGAGGCCAACCAGUACAAACUCAGAGCAGAGAAACAACUGGGUCUGCGUCCCAGCACUGCAGAUGAUAACAGGCCUGUGGUUGCCCCGCCACCUCAGCAGCUCCCAGCACACAGGAGACCACAGCAGGACUACCUCAUGCAGCUACAGAUGAUCAGACAGCAGUACCAGGAUGAGAUUCGAGAGUUCAGGAGGAGAGCAGCAGCAGAGAAGCAGAAGCCUCAGGUGAGACCAGACACUUACACUGUGGAGUGCAGGAGAGAACCAGCUGCCAGCAAGACACGCACGCCAGCACUGGAUGUGGAAGGAGCUUUAAGAGAAAUACAACAACACAGACAGAAGAGGAGUCAUAAGAAAGGAAUCAAGUUUGAGAUUUUCCUGAAUGACGAAACUGAAGAUCAUCCAGGAGAGAGAGAGGAGGAAGACAGGAGAGAGAUGAAGGAGAGAAAGCGGGAUGGAGAGAAAGAGAUGAAGGAGAGGAGCGAUAGAGAGAGAGAGGAGGUGGAUCCCUUGAAUCAGACUCUGAUGUUUCAUGCUGGAGAGAACCUGAGACAGAAGAUAUGUGGUCUGGAUGGAGAAAGGGAGGAGAGAGGGGGAGAGAGAGAGGAGAAGAGAGAGAGAGAAAGGUGUGUUUGGCCCAAAGAAGUUCCACACACUUUGCUUAAUGCUCUCGCCCUCAAAGACCUGACUACCUGCUCCAGCAACACGACAGAUGAGCUCUUGGAAGGAGAGGAGGAGUGUGUGUUUGAGAGAAGACACUGGCGAGAUGGACCCCCACACACACUCUUACAGGCCCUGGCCCACGCACCCCUCACACACUCCUCCACCCUGGGGUCAGACUGCACAAUGAGAGUGGGGGAUAGAGCUGAGGAAGAGGAUGAGAGGGGAGGGGAGGAGGAGGAAGAGGAGGGUGUCUGGGAUGAAGAUGACUCUGACCUGGAUGAAGAUCGUUUGGAGCCCACAACUGAUGAUGAUGAUGAUGAUGACGACGACACGUGGAUGAGAUGGGAUUCAAGCAGUAAUUUUGAGGAGUCUGAGGAUGAGCUGCAUAUGGAGGUGGCAGAGUCCAUGAUGAACCUCUUCACCCCUGAUGAUGGACAGAGCGACGGAGAGGGAGAGAGAGAGGGAGAGGAGGAUGGAGGAAGGAGAGAGGAGAGAGAAGGUGGGAGAGAGAGGAGAGAGGGAGAGGAGGAGGAUUAAAAGGCUGGAGGAUGAAGAGAGAGA